UUAGUUUAUGCUUCGAUACUUAUUUAAAUAUUUAUAAUUGGAAAAGCUACGGUCUAAGUUUACUUGCAAUAUCGUGAUUGAAGUUGGUUUACCGGACAUGCUUAUGAUGUAUAUUAUCCCUUAAAAGCUUGCAAGAUCUUGAUAAAACUGCUUAACGGUUUUAGUACAGGCUCUGGUUUGUUCUAAUUUUAUCAUCUGUUCCAGCCUCGCUGUAAAAGAGUGUAGAACGCAAAGAUAUAUCAAAUAUGUUUAUGGUUACAUCAUUACUCAAUUAAAUGUCAACUUGGAAUUUCUUUGAGUGUUCUUGAAUAAGACUCGCUCAUUUAUAAUGCAGUACUAAUUUAAAAACGAAAAACCCAGCUUUAUACACUAAAGAGGACGGGUUUGAAUGUGAAAGCAAAUUAAAACUCGUCGGAAAUAGUUUUAAAUUCAGGACUUUAAAUUGUGAAUAAACGUUUUGAAGAGAUUUGAGAUUUUACCCGCCUGAAUUUUCCAACUGUGAAAGCGGUGUUAUUGAUCGGAAUGCGUAACUAAGCUUUAUUUGUUCAACUACCGAUAACGUCAUGUCGCCAGUUGACGGCUACUUCAUAUAUCUGGCGUCCCGCCUCGACAAGCUACGAAAGGGAGGCGAUACCGAAACCGGGAAUUGGCUGCAGGAGCUGCAGACGUGGCCCCUAUGGCGAGCUGUUCUGGCAGAGUUCCUAGCCACGCUGGUGUUUGUGUUUAUAGGAACCAUGUCUGCCGUGGAUAUCGUCCCUUUAACAGACCCAGCAGGGAAAUUCGUCAGGAUCGGCUUAACAUUUGGUCUGAUGAUUGCCGUAUGUAUCCAAAUGAUUGGUCACGUGUCUGGAGGUCACAUGAACCCAGCUGUUUCCUUGGCAAUGGCCGUAGCUAUGGAGAUCAGCCCAGCACGUGCUGUUCUUUACACCGUGGCUCAGUGUUGUGGUGGGAUGCUUGGUUCACUUCUUUUGAAAGGUGUGACCCCUGGUGAGUUGAACGACAACCUUGGAUUGACCACAAUAAAUCCUGACCUUAAUGGAGGCCAAGCGGUUGCGUGCGAGAUAGUGUUCACUUUUAUUUUGGUCAUGUCCAUAUUCGGGUGCACAGACCCCAGCAGAGCCUUGUUUGGAUCCCCGGCCCUUGGUAUUGGACUCACUGUGUCCGUCCUUCACUUCGCCUCUAUUCCGUUUACCGGCGCAAGCAUGAACCCCGCCAGAUCCCUCGCAUCCUCGGUCGUUUCGAAUAAUUUCGACUUGCAUUGGGUAUACUGGGUGGGUCCGAUGGUGGGCGGUGUGGCCGCGGCGGUUGCCUAUAAGUACUUGUUAUCUCCGUACCAGAAGACACCCUCCUUCCCGGAGACCGCCAGACAGCUUAUGGACUCCAAAGAUGUGAUCGUACUACCCAAGGACUACUUUGGUGAAUCGGGCAGAACUAUUUUAGAAUCUUUUAAAUUCUGAGAACGCUGUUUCAAUUACAAUGACCUAUACCUUUGCAAACAUGACCCACUGCGUACUCUAUAUACCAUUCUUAAGUGUAACCCAUGGGGAUAUUUCAUGGGUUUAAAAAAGUGGACGAAUUGUGUAUUCUGUUAUAUCUCAUACUAUAAAAUGCUUGGCAUAUAUUCAUCGUUUUCAUUGGCAUAAGCAAUCACGUGACAAACCUGUUUGCGCUUGUAUGUUCAAACUGUUCACAUCGGUGACUUCGUCUCGAAUGUUCCAAGUUCUGAGAACGCUGUUUCACUUGCAAAGACCCAUACAUCAGUAAACAUGAACCACUGCGUAUACUAUAUACCGUUAUCUGUAUCUGAGAGUAUCUUAAUUAUUAACGAUGGACAUAUUGUAUGUGUUAAAACAGUGGACGAAUUGUGUAUUGUAUUAUACCUGAUACUUUUAAAUGCUUGGUAUAUAUUCAUGUAAUCAUUGGUCGAGAAGCUAUCACGUGACAAACAAAUGAAGCUGUAUUUCAACAUGUACAUGUCACCCUAGCGUUCUAUUUUUGACCCUAAAAUGGUAUAAGAAAUGUGUUAUCUGAUAAUAAUUAUGUACAAAAUAUUCUCAUAGCAUUAUUAUAACGUACUCGUGCAGCUUAAAUAUUUGUAUUUUUGCACCCUUGAACUCUGAUUUAUACUGCUGUUGUA